AUGUUACAGCGCUGGGCCAAUGGGAUUGGCAGCUUUUCUCCUCCCUCCUGUCUCCUUCGGAUCUCCUUCUCAUCUCCGGAAUUUUACCUCCUCAGGCGGGCGCGGCCAAGAUCGUUUGUUUUGGGGAUGGUCUUCCAAUGGGCUUUUUUGACCCGGUCUGCUUAUGUAUCUUUGUCUGCUGUGGAAACGGGCCCUAAGCCCCGGCUUUGGAAGGUGAUUUGGCGUUGGGUUGGCCCUCAACGCAUGAAGCAAUUUUCAUGGCUCGUGGCGAAAGAUCGACUCUUGACUAAUGGCGAGCGCCAUCACCGACAAAUGGUGGAUAGCCCUUUAUGCGAGUUAUGCCAAACUUGCCCGGAGACGACACUUCACGCGCUAAGGAAUCGUGAGAUUCCAUCUCUGUUUUGGAAAAAGCUUGUCCCUCGAUCCUGUUUGCUGACUUUUUUCGACAUGGAGCUGGGUAUUUGGCUUGAAACUAAUCUGUCCAUGCAUGUGAAUAUAACAGAUGACUCCUGGGAUGUUUCCUUUGGUGUUGGCUUGUGGAGGCUAUGGAAAGGACGUAAUAAUCAGAUUUUUAAUGGCCUUGUGCCUUUGGUGGACAGGGAAAUCAAUGGCCUUCGACAUAAGGUUAAUUCGUUACAGAAAGCGUUGGAUAUUGAAGAAGGAAAGCAACAGGUGGGUCAGUUUGGUGAAUGGUUGAAAGCGAUGGAGAUAGGAAGAAUGGGAGGGUCAUCUCAGAACUCAUCUCCUUCUCAAACUCAUAGCAACUUGCACACUCAAUGGAAUCACUCCAACCCAGGUCAGAUGAACUCAACAAAUGCAGAGCAGGAAAUGGGUAGAUCCAAUGGAGGGAUACCUCUAUCUAAUCACCCCAAUGACAAUCUAUCUGCAGCUUUGGUGGUUAGUUCUGAGAUAAAUACAGGUAAUUUUCAACCUGUGAUUCAAGGGGAAGAUCAUAACUUAAGCCUAUGGGUGCAACCAGUAGUAGAGGAAAACAAGAGGAUUGAUGACAACAGAAAGAGAUCAAGAGGCUAUAGCACCAAACCCAAUAGGAGUGGAUCUUGUGAUGAAACCUAA